AUCUCCGCACAUCCACUGGGCUCGCUUGUGGGCACGACGGGGCAAGACGGAGUUGAACUGCCAAUCUGCCACACGAGGUGCAGCGAUGUUGUACUGUGUAGUAGUUAGUAGUGGUUAGUAGUGGUGGCUACUGGUUGGUUGGGUAUGUUUGGUUGGGUAUGUUUGGUUGGGUAUGUUUGGUUGGGUAUGUUUGGGUAUGUUUGGGUAUGUUUGGGUAUGUUUGGGUAUGUUUGGGUAUGUUUGGCUAUGUUUGGCUAUGUUUGGCUAUGUUUGGCUAUGUUUGGCUAUGUUUGGCUAUGUUUGGCUAUGUUUGGCUAUGUUUGGCUAUGUUUGACUUCACUGACAGCUGAAAUUGUGAAUCAUCUACAAGCUACUACUAGAGUAUCUGCCCAGAGGAAAAGGAACUUGGGACUUCGAAGGGCUGACUGUCUAGGUACUCAAUGAUGUAGAGUACAUGGGCGGCGGCGGUGGUGGCCGG